CGCAUUGUUGAAAAUAUUCAUUUCUUUAAAAUUUUCAAGUUACGAUAUGAAUUUCGAUACCUAUGGGCAUUCACAGAAUUUAAGCUUCCUAGAUACAGAAAGAUCAUCAUUUCUAGGAAGCGGAACUCAACAUUCGCAAUUUGAUAUAAACGAUUUUAAUAUCCCUUCUCUUGAUGGAUUUAAUCAAUCUCAAAGUGAUCUUUUUCCAAUAGGAUCAAAUUUUAAUGCAAAGAAGAAUGAGAAUAAAGAUCUUAACGGUGAUAAGGACAUUGCAUUGAUGAUGCAAAGUAUGAAUCAAUUAAAUUUUGAAGAUGAUGAAGAAGAAUCUUUUUAUACAAAAAACUUACCAUCUUAUGCUUGCAAAUAUUGUGGAAUUCAUGAUGUUGCUUCUGUUGUUUUAUGUAAUGGUUGUAAAAAGUGGUUUUGCAAUGGACGAGGUAAUACUUCAGGAAGUCAUAUUAUCAAUCAUUUGGUUAGAGCCAAACACAAAGAAGUUACACUACAUAAAGAUGGACCACUAGGUGAUACCACACUUGAAUGCUAUAAUUGUGGUUGUAAAAAUAUUUUUUUAUUGGGAUUUGUGCCUGCUAAAGCUGAUUCUGUAGUUGUUUUGUUAUGUCGUCAGCCAUGUGCUACCAGCUGUAAUGUGAAAGAUAUGAACUGGGAUCCUACUCAAUGGCAGCCACUUAUAAAUGAUAGAUGCUUUUUAUCAUGGUUGGUUAAGAUACCUUCUGAACAAGAACAAUUAAGAGCUAGACAGAUUUCAGCUCAGCAAAUUAAUAAGCUAGAAGAACUUUGGAAGGAUAACCCAAAGGCCACCUUGGAAGAUUUAGAAAAACCUGGGGUAGAUGAACAACCACAACACGUUUUAUUGAGAUAUGAAGAUGCCUACCAAUAUCAAAAUGUAUUUGGGCCACUGAUAAAAUACGAAGCUGACUAUGAUAGGAAGCUAAAAGAAAGUCAAACUCAAGAGAAUAUCAGUGUUAGAUGGACAGUGGGCUUGAAUAAAAAGCUUAUAGCCUAUUUUGUCCUUCCCAAGUCUGACGGAGAAAUGCGAUUAAUGCACGGUGAUGAAUUAAGACUUAAAUACUUGGGGAUUAAUAGCGGAUCCAAUUCAAAUGAAAACCAUCAUCAACCAAAUUCUUUUCUCCUGAACAAUGCCAAUCCCUUGGACGGUUUUUUAAACACAAACACAAAAGGUAGUGGUGGUGAUUCUGGCGUUCAAGGAAACACAAAUACUUGGGUAGGAGUCGGCCAUGUCAUAAAAUUGCCCAACAAUUAUGGGGAAGAAGUAGGUAUAGAACUCAAAUCUAAUUAUUUGGCUCCCACAGACAAGACACAAAAUUUUUUGGUUGAUUUUGUGUGGAAAUCUACCUCUUUUGAUAGGAUGCAAUCAGCUCUUCACACCUUUGCCGUUGACGAAACAUCUGUAUCUCCAUACAUAUACCACAAGCUCUUAGGUCACCAAGUUGAAGAUGUGACGAUCAAAUGUAGUGCAUUGCCCAAAAAAUUUUCCGCCCCUAACUUACCCGAACUCAAUCAUUCUCAAAUUUACGCCGUUAAAACAGUGCUUCAACGACCGCUAAGCCUUAUACAGGGACCACCCGGCACUGGUAAAACGGUAACCUCCGCUACCAUAGUCUAUCACCUGGUAUCUCAGCAGAUUUCAAAUUUGCAGAAUUCUAACUUGACCAAAAACCCCGUUUUGGUUUGCGCUCCCAGUAAUAUAGCCGUCGACCAACUCGCCGAAAAAAUCCAUAAAACUGGUCUGAAAGUUGUGAGACUCUGUGCCAAAAGUAGGGAAGCAAUAGACUCUCCGGUAGCUAUCCUAGCUCUGCAUAAUCAAAUUUAUAACAUGGAAAACACGACUGAACUUAGAAAACUACAACAACUGAAGGAUGAACAAGGCGAGCUGAGUUCUGGUGACGAAAAGCGUUACAGGGCACUGAAGCGAGCAUGUGAGCGGGAAUUGCUCCGUGCCGCUGACGUCAUAUGUUGUACUUGUGUGGGGGCUGGCGAUCCCCGCCUCGGUUCCGCUCGGUUUGAGGCCGUGCUCGUAGACGAGAGCACACAGGCCACCGAACCCGAGUGCAUGGUCGCUGUCGUGCUUGGGGCCAAGCAAGUGAUUUUGGUAGGCGACCACUGUCAGCUUGGCCCUGUCGUUAUGUGCAAGAAAGCAGCAAACGCCGGACUCAGUCAAUCACUUUUUGAAAGGCUAGUGGUUUUGGGUAUAAGGCCCAUACGCCUUCAAGUUCAGUACAGAAUGCACCCAGCUCUCAGCGCCUUUCCUUCCAAUAUAUUCUACGAGGGAUCACUUCAAAACGGAGUCACCUCAAUUGAUCGGAUUCAAACAGCUUUGGAAUUCCCUUGGCCAUGCCCUGAUAGCCCUAUGUUUUUCUACGUGACGAAUGGGCAGGAAGAAAUAUCUUGUAGUGGAACAUCCUACCUGAACCGAACGGAAGCUAUCAACGUGGAGAGGCUGGCGACAAAAUUUCUUAAAUGUGGGGUUAAGCCUAGUCAGAUAGGCAUAAUAACUCCUUAUGAAGGCCAAAGAGCUUACCUCGCUCAAUACAUGCAGUACAGUGGCUCGCUUAAUUCUAAACUUUAUCAGGAAAUAGAGGUGGCCAGCGUCGACGCCUUCCAAGGUCGCGAAAAAGAUUACAUAAUCUUAUCUUGCGUGCGGGCUAACGAUCAUCAAGGUAUAGGAUUUCUCAACGAUCCUAGACGUCUAAACGUGGCCCUAACGAGAGCCAUUUAUGGCAUAAUCAUCGUCGGAAACGCCAAAGUGCUUGCUAAACAGCCUCUUUGGAACCAUCUUCUAAAUUAUUAUAAGGAACAACAUUGUCUGGUAGAGGGACCUUUGGCUAAUCUCAAAGAAAGCUGCCUGCAAUUUCCAAAACCCAAAAAAUUAGUUAACCCUUCCAAUCCCGGAGCUAGAUUUAUGGUAAGAACAACCUAUGACGCCCGUGAAGCAUUAGGCCCUGGGGGUCCAUAUUCUUAUUACGCGACAGGUGGAAAUUUAAACGGUUAUGUUAGCUCUGAUGACAGGGGAAUGAUAAAUAAGGACCUCCCAUUUCAGCCCCCUUCACAGUUUCCUCAGUACAAUCAUCACACCAACAACGCCUUUCAACAGCUGACUCGUCAAGACCCUAUGAGAAAACCUUUUGGUCAGGUGGAUAAUAAUAACCCACUCGUACCCCAAAAUUUUCACAAUGCUACAUCUUUCAGGGAUCCCUUUAAUUACAUUAGAGGUCCCGACGAUCCUUGGUUUAGAUUUAUGGCGGCCGGUGGAGCUAACCCGAUGGCAUCUAACAAUUUGCCAAUACCAAUCAAUAUGUUUUUGCCUCCUCCCCCUCCCGCCAACUUCAAUCAUUUCAACUUGAAUCAGCAACAACAUAGCGCUAAUUUCAACGCGUUCCAUAACGGUCAAGGACAAAACCAGGCCAAUUUUAAUCGGCAGCAGGCAUUUAACGCCAUGAACGAUAGUGAGAUCGCGAACAGGACUAAAAGGAUGACAGGUGUCCCAAGAGAAUCGAAAUCGUACUCAAAAGCCAGACAAAGCAACAAUAUCUCUGGAGACGCGCUUCUAUCCCAACAGAACACCGAAAAUAAUGUGCUUUCUAUGAUGUCGCAAGAGCAUAACGGAAUGAUGAAUAAAGACAAGGACGAUAUGUUUGGCAUGACAGGCGACAAUCUAUUUUCUAAUAGAAAUAAUCACCAAAAUUUCUCGCAAAACUUUGACUUCUUCAAUUCGUUGAGUCAAUUGAACAAAAAUAAAGACGAAGACAAUUACGCAGACUUGAACAAAUUUUUGCCUCAGAAUAUCUUACUAUCUCAAGAUACAGAAGUUUAUGGAGGAAACAACAAAAAUUCAUAAUAAUAAAUUUAAGUAGAGAAAAAUCCCCUUUUAUAGAAUUAAAAAACUUUUAAAGAUUUAAUCUUUAAAAAAAAUCCACCCUUAAAUUUAAAAAAGGAAUUGAUAACAUUUGGGUUAAUGUUAAGAUUGUUGAGCAGCAGUUAAGUCAGUCUUAGAACAUUAAUCUAAAAAUUAAAAAUAAUAUUUUUUUUGUUUUAAUUAUAUUCUUUUUAGACUUUAAUUAUUUCUAGAUAUAAUGCUAAAUUUUAGAAUUAAUUUAUUAACUUUCAACAUUAUUUAAAAAUAGAAAAUCAACUUUUCAUAAUUAAACAUUUAUUUAUAAGCCAAAAAAAUUCACAAUGUUAUCGCACUUUUCAAAUCAUAAAUUACCUGGGAAAAAAGAACUAAGCAAAGAAAUUAAUAGAAGGAGUAACAACCUAAUUUUUUCGUUCCCUAACGAAUUAAUCAUCAUGUUCAUGCCAUACAUGUCAUGAUGAUAUAUCAUCCUUCCCAUUCCUUACUCAUCCCUUAUGGGUAGAUAGUGUACUUUGCAUCCACAAUAUGAGUGUUCCAAUUCCAUAAGAUGGACACUUCAUCAAAACAUACGCCCCACCACUCCAAAUCCCCAAGAUCUCUAAAAUUGCAAUCGACAUUGUGAACAUUGAUAUAAAUAGAAUCAUUAACACUUAUAAAUGUUUUUUUUUUAAAUUGUUUUUAAUUACUUAUUUAUAUUAGAUUUGUCAGUCAUCACUCUUUUUAUGUUAUAAUUUUUAUUUUAUACAUAACAUUUAUGCCUUUUAUUAUCUUAAUAAAUAUACUUUCGCGUGGUUAGAUUAUUCAUAUUAAUUUUAAAUAA